AUGUAUAAUUCUGCUAUUUAUCCUUCAUAAUAAAAUGUGAGAGGAAAUUCAUAUCAAACAUCAAAUAAAUAAUAGUUUAAUGAUCAAUACUAAAAUUAAAGAAAUCAAAUGAUGUAUUAGAGAUUAACAUAAACAUAAACAUAAACAUAAAGUUAUCAAGUAGAAUAACUUUAAGAUUAAGCUUAAAUAUAGUAUUAUAUUUUUGAAGAUUUUUAAAAUUUGAUUAACCUCCUCUAUUCAUUAUAAACAGUAUCUGAAUACUUUAAGAAUGAUCCAAAUAAUGAAAUAGUAACUUUGUGUAGAAAUAAAGUAAUUUCUUAACUAAAUAUAUCAAAUUUAAUUCACUAUGAUAUAUAAUAAAAUUACAAAGAUCCAAAAUAUUAAUAAUUAAUAAAAAGGGAGAAAUAGAAAGUGAAGGAAAUUAUCUCACAAUUACCAUAUCCUAUUCAAAAUUCCAAAUAUUUAAAUUUAUAUUACAAGAAUAGUUUAUCUGACUACAUAAAAUGCGAUUAAUAACAACUUGAAAAGAUUAAUAUAGCUCCUAAUUUCAAUCAACAAGUUGUUUCUUAAAUCUUUUCUUCAAUGUAACUUAUUGACAGAAAUAUUGGUCAAAUAAAAUAACAGAAUUACUAUCCCAUCCCUACAAAAAAUGAUAUCUUAGCCAAAGCAAAGUAUAAUUAUUAAUAUAUAUAGGUAAUAUGAAAUGUUGACAUAAUCCAAAUUAGAAUCUAACUUUCCUAAAAUGUAGUAAUUCUAAUCAUAAAUAUAUGAUAAUGAGAAGUAAUUAUAUUCCACAUCAUCAUUCGAAAGGAAUUAAUCAUGGAAAAAUUCUCCUCAAAAAUUCUAAUCACAAAUCAUACCUUAACCUAAAUAAUAAAGAUAUUCAUCUAAUUAACAUUAUCAAUAUGAUAAAUAAAAAAGUAAUUUUAUAGGGGGCUAUAAAAAUUUAGGUAAUUAUUGA